AUGGCUCAAGAAGCACCCCUCAAAUUGGAAAACUUCGUAGCUCAUAGAGUAGCCGAAAUUCAGACACGAUUACCAACCGGUAGUUGGCAUCACGUAAACACCAGUGAAAACCCCGCAGACUGUGCUUCGCGCGGAUUACUCGGCCGAGAUUUGAUAUCCAUCAACCUAUGGUGGCAUGGGCCGUCAUGGUUGCAUCUUCAUUCUGAUGAGUGGCCUCAUCAAAUUCUAUCAGAGCACCACGAAACUCAGUUGGAACUGAAGGCAUGUGAAGCUCAUCAAAACAGUACUCGUGAAGACUGGAGUCUUGCUGCACGGUAUUCAUGGUGGCCAAAAUUGAUACGCGUCACUGCAUAUAUAUACCGAUUCAUAAACAAAUGUCAACGGAAGCACGCGGCAGAUCACAAAGAUCACGUCCGGUCCCACGCCAUUACAGCAUUUGAGUACAUGCAGUCUCGUAACUUUUGGUUGCAUAUGAUUCAAGCAGAGGUGUUCAAGCAAGAACUUUACUUACUCAAGUCAAACAAGAGGUUAUCAAGAAACAGCGCUCUGAUAUCAUUAAAUCCAUUCCUAGACGCAAAUGGUCUACUCCGCGUUGGCGGAAGAUUGGAGCAUUCUCAUCUACCAUUUCAAUCCAAACAUCCAGUUCUACUAGCUGAUCAUCCAAUUACUACAAUGCUCAUUCGCUACACGCACAUAGCCUCGCUGCACGCCGGUCUUCAGUCUACCCUGUCUAAAAUUCGCCAAGAAUUUUGGAUUAUAAAAUCUAGGCCUUUAGUUAAAUCAGUUAUCUACAGGUGCGUUCGAUGCACGCGAGAAAGAGCUCAGGUAGCCAAUCAGUUAAUGGGUCAACUCCCAUCAACUCGAGUCUCAACGCCAACGAGGGCGUUUUUGCACAGCGGCAUCGAUUAUGCCGGUCCAGUGCUCAUUCGAGCCUCUGCUGGUCGAGGAAUCACCUCACGAAAGGCUUACAUAGCCGUUUUCAUAUGUUUGGCAACUCGAGCCAUUCAUCUCGAGUUGGUCAGCGAUUAUUCAACGCCAGCAUUUUUGAACGCAUUUCAACGAUUUUGCGCCAGACGAGGCUUGCCAGCAGUUAUGUAUUCGGAUAACGGUACAACAUUCACAGGAGCCGAUAAAGAGCUAUCCCGCGCGUAUCGGGAUGCUCAACGCAAUACGGAUUUUCUCAAUUUAAUCGCAACAGAUAGGAUCACUUGGAGUUUCAUCCCGCCUCAUGCUCCUCAUUUUGGAGGACUAUGGGAGGCAGGAGUGAAGAGUGUCAAACACCACCUUCGUCGAAUUGUAAGCUCACACGCAUUGACAUUUGAGGAGUUCACGACAGUGUUGUGCAAAAUUGAGGCUAUCCUCAACUCAAGGCCGCUUUCUCCACUCAAUGAUACUCCAGAUGACUACGAGUUCCUGACCCCAGGUCACCUUUUGAUUGGGACUGCCAUUACUACGAAUCCGGAACCUUCCGUUCUACAAUUGAACGAAAACAGAUUGUCGCGAUGUUGGACUAACUGA